AUGCGCCUUGCCGACUUGGCGCUGCUAGUCGCCACCCUUUUCAUCGCGAGCUGCAAUGCCUUAUCGUCAAGUGAGCAGCAGCAGCGUAUUGUCCCUCCUGGUGCGGACAUCCCUCGCUCUCUUGCCGCUGCUAGCGAAGAUAUCACCGUCAAGAGCUCUCUGAGGUAUGGUGACGCGCUGGCAGCGGACGAGAACGACGAAGAGAGGGGGUUGUCGUCGCUGAAAGCGAAGAUUGGUGCUCUCUUUAACAAGCUAAAGUACAAGUACUGGGUCAAACGAGGCAAGUCGGAGGCCGAGAUCUACAACAUCUGGGUAAAGCAAGGCAAGACGGACAAGCAGAUCUACAACCUUCUGGCUCAGCAAGGAAACUCGGACCGGAACAUCUACGACGUAUUCCUGAGGCAACGCCUAUCCGACGCGCAGAUCUACUUCAUGUUCCGAAGAUUCGGCAAGUCCGACGACGAGAUCUACAAAAUCUGGAAGGAGCAGCGUCGAUACAUGUCGGACAUCAACCGCAUUUGGCUCCGGGUUGGGAAGACGGACGAAGAUAUCUACAAGCUUUUGAAGCCGAAAAUGUCGAUGAAUAAACUCUACAACCUUUGGCUUCAGCUGCAGAAGAGUGAUGAAAAGAUCUACAACAUCUGGCUCAAGGAGAAUGUGCCUACGGAGAAAAUUUACGCCGCUUGGUUCAGCUCGACAAGGACGCCGGAUAGUGUUCUUGAUCUUCUGCAGAACGUGUACAAAGAUCAGUCUAGAGCGCACAUGACCACGUAUGUCCAGUACAGAUCCUACUUCAACGAGAACUAUGGCAUCAGGGAGUGGUAG